GGAAAGCGAAUAUCAUCAAUAUUGUAGCCAUGGCAACAUAAUCGAAUACGGGUAAACGAGUUUCGCAGAGGAAACAGCACGUACGAAAUGCACAAAUCUAAAAGAAAAGUCUAUAGGAAAUAUGAAGAUUUCAUACGUCCUCGGACCCACAAGGAGCCGGAAGCCCCCAAGCCCAUCAAUCUAUCAAUUGAUGAUUUCAAUGCGCGCGGAGAAGUUGCCAAUCCCCGGGCUCCAUGCGUGGUUACAACCAUCGAUCCGGAGUACAUAACCGACGCCAGUUCGCAGCGCUUGUCCAGAAAGUUCCGCAUGAAAACCGACAUUUUACUGCUACGCGACAUCACGCGCAACCGAUUCAUGCACUAUGCCACGCAGGAGAUGUUUCUAGAUAGGAAACGCGAGAAGGAGCACCAGGACAGGUUGUACGGGAAGGCAGAAGACUUUCACAAGUUCGCCGAAGAGUCGCUGAAGAAAAUGGAGGCAGACGAGUUUAAGAAAAUGCUGGAGGCCCAACAGAAGCUGAAGAUGCUGAAGGAGAACAAGGUGGCGGAGGAGCUCAACGAGGUUAAGCUCGAGCAUCAGCGUAUCCUGAUGGAGGUGCAGGAAGUCUACGGCCGCUUCCAGUAUCUGCUCAAGCUAAUCAGCUAUUUCGAUGACACGGUGGAUGAGCUGGCAGAGGAGGGUCCGGACAGGGAUAGGCUGACCAUGCCUAAGGAGAUCGUCUGCAUGGAGAUUAGCGAGCGACAUCCAGCCGGCCUGGAACAGGUGCAGCAAGUGCAGAACUACAUGGAGAAAGUGGUGAGGCCUUACCUCGCCAAGCGCAACCACUUGGAUGCAGACGUUUGGAUAAGGGGCUACGAAAGGAACCGCCUAAAGGUCUCUAACUACAACCGACGAUUCACCCAGCUGGCCCUGCUCAACCACAUCGUGGGCAUACUCCACGACAAAGCCAAAAAAACAUUCGAGCGCAAGGUGACUGCAAACGUUUUCCUGAAGGACCCAGAGUUCUUGCAGCGUCGCGUGGCUGGUCUUCAGCAACGUGCCACCGAGUUGUUGAGCGUCUACGAGCAGAGCUACUGCAAAGACAAGCUGAACAUAAGGCUCAACAGCAUUGUCCCUGUAAUCCUUAAGCACAUACAGAACAAAGUGCAUCCGGAGCAGAAAAAGGAGGAUUCGAAGCCACCGCCGCCGCCGCCGAAGCCCGCACAGAAGUCGUCGAAGCAAUGGCGCACAAUGGAAGACAUGCAGGCUCCUCUGCCAGCCGCAAAGUCGACGUACGAGGACGAGCAGGACACGACCCUGGCCAAGGUGGAGAAGAUCCAAUCCUAUGUUAUGGAGCUGCUGUCCAAGCUGGACCAUAUUGAGCCGACUAAGCUCCGAAGCUUGGAACAGCAGGUUCGUCGCCGCAUGGCGUCGGAGAAGGAAAUGUCGAGGCGGGCAUUGGUCAAGCAGAACCGCCUACAUAACUGGAUGGAGCACUUUAAGAAGCAUCAUCGCUUGCAACUGCAGCAGCGACGCAAGAACAAGCUCUAACUCACUCGAUUUCUAUAAAUCUAUAAAGCUAUUCAACUGA